GCCUUGAAAUCGUGAGACAGGACUUAUGGACUUAUUUAGGGCAAGCUGUUGAUUAAAGCGAUGGAUUUCGACACGGAAAAGUUUAUAAACGAGAUAAGGAACCGGCCUACGAUCUGGAACUCUAAAUGCCCAGACUAUGUGGACAGGGAACUGAAGUUGCAGGCGUGGAACGAGUUGGUGGACCAGUACGCUGCGGAUGAGGCCCUGACGAGGGAGGAGAGGAAAAGAGUUUGCGUGCAUCUUCAGAAAAAAUGGAGGAACAUACGAGACUGCUUCGUUAAAACCCACAAAGCAAGAACCAAGCCUGGCAGCGACAAGAAAAAAGUAACGCAAUACGCGUUCUACGACCACCUCAUGUUUUUAGCCGACGUCGCAUCUAGCAAAGACUCAAAUAACGUUAUUAACGUUGCCGAAAUAAAAAACGAAGUUAUACAUAACGAUGACGACGACCCACUGGCAGCUGUCAAUCGGGUAUAUAAAAAGAAGAAAAUUGAAAUUCUUGUUGAUCCUUUCUCGGACGGCGAAUCUGGGACGUCUAAUAAUAAGAGAGAGAGAACGCAAGACAGAGAUAGCGAUAUUAAUACGGAAGACGAAGAACAGUUGUUUUUCUUGUCUUUGGUGAAAGAGUUUCGUAAGAUACCGGACCAUUUGCGGAUACAAGCUAAAAUAGAUAUUUUGAAAGUGAUCAAGGACGCACAGUUUGCGGAUUGGACAGGGCAUGGGACUGAUCCUCAAUACUAUUGAAGUAAAAA